AUCAGCUUGAACUUGCCUGAAGCCUCUGUUAGGAGAAUUUGCCAUAGCACUUUCGAACAAAUGAAACAGAGUCCUGAGUCCUGACUCCCGAGUCAUGCGCCAUCACCGUUGCACUCCGAGAUGACAUGAAGACCAUGUUCAUUGUGUCAAACGGCAAUGCGGUCCCGGUUGCUGCCAUUCAACUUUUAGCACAGCAAACCCUACUACUCCUCCGCAUCUCAGGCAAUGGUCACGACCACACCCCCGCCUUUCGAGCCGUCUGUGAUCAAGCUGCGGUCCAUCUCGGACAGCAGCAUCGAAGGCGUCAGCCUAUACUCCUCCCGCGCCGAAGUCAGGCGGGUGUUCAAGCUCAAUGUGAAGCUGGGGCACAACCAAGUGGUCAUUGAAGGACUGCCCAAUGUCCUGGAGACUGCCUCUCUCAGAGUCGAGGGGCGUGGGGAUGCAACUAUCCACGACGUAACGGUGGCCAUGGAAAACGGGGAGCACAAACCCACUGGAUCCCCGAAGCUAACAGAGCUGUACAAGCAUCGCGAGAGGACAACCCAUGCGCUGGCCCGAGUGGAGAAGUCGCUCCAGUCGCUCGAGCAGUACAUUGGAUCAAUGAGCGUCGAGCACCUUCCCGUCGCGAAUCUUGACGACGUCCUCACCCACUAUGAGUCUACUGGGGCCCGCCUCGAUGCCAAGAAGAGUGAGCUGACGGCAGAGCUGACUCAAGUUGACGUCGAUAUUGCAUCGGAAAGGGCUUCAAUCGCAGUGCCCCAUGAAAGCAGUCGUCUGCGCGUGAGUGCGACCAUCGGUGUGUUUGCGCCGAAGGAGGGAGAAGUCGAGAUUGCCCUCGUCUACGCGGUCCAAAACGCUACCUGGACGGCAUUUUAUGACAUCCGUGUCGACAUGAGCGCUAAAGAGAAGGGAGCCAAGCUCAUCUAUAAAGCUGCGGUGAAGCAGAACUCGGGCGAGUCGUGGGAUAACGUUCCUCUCCACCUGGAGACAUCCACCCCGACUUUCGGAGUGGGCAUACCACAGCUUGAACCUUGGAACUUGUUUAUUCCCCAACCUGUGCCGGUCAGAAGUAUGCCUCUCUUGGGAUCCUCUAUGUCGCCCAGACCCGCGGCAGCUCCAAUGAUGAGGGGCCGACUCCUAGCCAACAGCUUACCGUCCGCAAGUUACGACGAGGCGCCACCCAUGUUAUUCUCAGAGGCAGAGGUUACUUCCAAAGGCAACGUCAGCGCAACAUUCAGAGUGCCCGGAUCGGUCAACAUUCCUUCCGACGGCAACCCGCAUAACUUCACGAUUGUAGAGCUCGAUUUCGAGGCUGCUAUGUCCUGGGUUUCUGUUCCGAAGAAAGACGCAAAGACUCAUCUGAGCGCACGGAUUACAAACGCAUCCGAGUACACUUUACUUGCUGGAACUGCGAGCGUCUACGUCGAUGGAAGUUUCAUCUCACGGUCACCGGUCCCGCCUGUGAGUCCGCAGGAGAGUUUCGACUGUCCGCUGGGAUUGGACCCCUCUAUCCGGAUCACAUACCACCCCGUCCUGAAAACCCAGUCCCAGUCCGGCUUUUACACCAAGAGUGCCACCCAUGUGUUCUCCCAGCGCAUCACCAUCCACAACACCAAGUCGGUGGCCAUCGGACGGCUGAAGAUCAUCGACCAGAUCCCGGCGUCCCAGGAUUCGCAAAUCGAGGUCAAACUCGUCAAUCCCGCCUUGACGCUCGCCAACGACGCGAAGAACACAACCAAAGCGACCCAACCGCAAGCCCUGUCGGUUUCCAAGAAUGUCGUGGCUCAAUGGCACGGUGUUGACGAGCCCAACUGCGACAUCGAAACUUUAGGGCUAGAUCGCAAGCUGAACUGGAUCUGUUCAGUGCCUGCUCAGAGCAAAAUCAAUUUGUCCUUGGAUUGGGAAGUCACAGUUUCGCCAGCCAGCGCACAAGUACUCGGUUGGUAA